GGAGUUCUAGCUCACCUUUCUGCAAGAGGUGGAGGAAGAAGGCGACACUUGUGUGUUGUCGUAUCUGGAGAUGGCCAAGUGGUGUUGAGUCUACUUCUUCUACUUCUGCACCGAAGGAGGAGGAGCUGCUUCACUCACUCCCAUAAGUGCUGCUGCUGCUGCUACUACUACUCAAUCCCAGGUUCAAUCUCACACUUGUGCACUUCUAAUGCUAUUGCGUUUCAGUUGAUGGAUGAGUGCCGCAAGCAUACUUGUUUGUUUAGGGCUUGUCACCUCAAUUUGCUCAAUCGGUGAAGACUUGCUUCGUGGGGAGGUUUCGUCAACGGCAACGGGAAUAGUAACGGGAAUCGUCCAGACAUGGAGGGUGGAUUUGGAGGUUUCGGGAACUUCCCUGAUCCUUUUGCGAAUUUUGGUAUGGGUUUUGGAGGUGGGAUGCGAGGGAGGAGCGUUUUCGACGUCUUCGAUAACAAUCCCUUCUUCAACGACCCCUUCUUCACUAGGUCGUUUGGGGGCAUUUUUGGUGGCCAGGGAUUGUUUGGGAAUCAACAAGGAUUUCUUGGUGGCAAUUUUUUCCAGAAUCAGAUAGCUACUCGUCCUCACGUCCCUCCUGGUAACUACAUCGAGGAUCGACCAUAUAGUCCUCCUCAAGUUCACCAGCGGGGCCCUAUUAUAGAGGAGCUCUCAGAUUCGGAUGCAGAUACUGAGGCUCGGGUAUCUUCUCACCCAGGCCAGCAACCCAUAAUCGAACACCCUGACGACGAUGUGAGGCCAGAGCCGCAGGAACAGCUUCGCCCCCUCCAGAGUGUCGUUAAAGCUGGUCCUCUUCCAGUGAUAAAUAAUAGUAGCAGUUUUUCCAGCUUUCAGUGCUCUUCUGUCUCCUAUGGAGGGCCCAAUGGUACUUAUUACUCUUCCUCUGCAGCCAGACGUUUGGGUCCAGAUGGAAGUAUAGAGGAGGAAUUUCAAGAGAAGGAUUCUACAAGCGGCCAUGAAUUAAAACGCGUUUCCAGGGGACUCGGCGUGAAGGGACGUACAAUUGCACGUAAACGCACUUCUGAGGGGCGUGAACACGCAAUGGAAAUACUUCACAACUUACAAGAAGAUGAGGUACCAGCCUUUGAACGAAGUUGGGAAGAACGGGCAAAUGUUCUGCCAAGAUGGAAUAGACACCGAUUACAUACGAUUGGUGCUUCUCAUGGCUCUUCAAGUCGUUCGCGUGCUCCUGCCCUUGUAGGAAGAAGCCCAUCACAAGUGGUGCAUCCGUCAAAUCCAAAUUAAUUUAGAGAUCAUUGAAACAUUUUGGAAAUUAGUACUAUGAGAUUCCAGGACGUCAAUGCCCUGAUUUGUCGGCCCAUCUCAUAGUUUAGUUUCUGUAUAGAAAUAAUUUGGCGCUGAGUACUUGCGAUGUUCUUGAGAAGUCAUGAUAAGAGAAAUUCCGCAUGUUUAUCAGAUUUUGAAAGCAACCUCAAAGGUGUACCUAUUGUUCUUUGGGUUAGAAUGACUUCAUUCAAUGUGAUUUUGAAAUUUUAGUCA